CAGACAGCAAGUUUAUCAACAACACACCGCUUUGGUGCCGCUGACCGUGCGUGAUGACGACACCAGAAGGCCCUAGCGUAGUGUGUAACGUAACAUUCCAUUGAGAAGAAGAGGGAAAGAUGGCGUCCUCUAACAAUCCUCGGAAAUUUAGCGAAAAAAUCGCUUUGCAUAAUCAGAAACAGGCGGAAGAGACUGCUGCGUUUGAAGAAGUGAUGAAAGACUUGAACAUCACCAGAGCUGCGCGGUUGCAGUUACAGAAGACCCAGUAUUUGCAACUAGGGCAGAAUCGUGGACAGUACUAUGGAGGCUCACUGCCCAAUGUCAAUCAGAUUGGAAAUGGCAACAUUGACCUGCCUUUUCAGAACUCGGUGCUGGAUACCAGCCGGACAACUAGGCACCACGGGCUGGUGGAGCGUGUUUACCGUGACCGGAACCGCAUCACGUCUCCUCACCGCCGGCCGUUGUCAGUCGACAAACAUGGACGGCAGAUUGACAGCUGUCCUUACAGCUCAGUUUACCUCUCCCCACCGCCAGACACUAGCUGGAGAAGGACAAAUUCGGACUCUGCCUUACACCAGAGCGCCAUGAAUCCGAAGCCCCAGGAGGUGUUUGCAGGGGGAUCACAGGACCUGCAGCCUAAACGAGUACUGCUGCUAACAGUGCCUGGGACGGAGAAUUCAGAGUCAAAUGCAGACAAGGAUGCCCAGAAACAGUUGUGGGAUGACAAGAAGGAUGGUUCAUCAAAACCCAACACAUGUGAUGUCCCAGGAAUCAAUAUAUUCCCAUCACCAGACCAGGAGUUGAACCCAUCCGUGCUGCCAGCUGCACACAACACCGGUGGUUCGCUGCCUGAUCUGACCAACAUCCAGUUCCCUCCUCCACUGUCCACCCCGCUGGACCCCGAGGACACCGUGGCCUUCCCCUCCCACAGCUCAUCCAACAGCACAGGCAGCCUGACCACCAACCUCACCCACCUGGGCAUCAGCGCUGCCAGCCACGGGAUCCCCACCUCCUCUCAGCCCACCAUGACUGUAACGGGACAACGCCGGCAACCACCUGUGGUGCCGCUCACCCUCACCUUUGACCUCCAUCUCCAACAGUCCCCCCAGCAGCUUUCACCCACCCUCUCCUCACCCGUUAACAUCACACAGGCCGUGCCAACAGAGUCGUUGACCCUGGAACAGCAGCUCGCCCAGUACCCCCUGUUCAACCAGCUGACGGCUCAGGCCCAGGCUCAGCUGCUUAGUGACCUCCAGAAGCAGCAACAGGCCCUGUCGCAGGGCAUCCAGCUCAUCACCUUACCAACACUGGCCUCCCCUGGUACCGCCACCGCCAGCAGCCCCUCCCCAGACAGCCAGACCGCUGCCAGCAUCAGUGUCAGCUCGUACCGCAAUCAGACUGGCUCACCAGCCACUCAGUCUCCAACCUCCCCAGUCUCCAAUCAAGGCUUCUCCCCCGGCGGCUCGCCUCAACACAUUCCUGUGGUGGGCAGUAUAUUUGGCGACUCCUUCUACGAUCAGCAGUUGGCAUUGAGGCAGACCAAUGCCCUUUCUCACCAGUUGGAGCAGUUCAACAUGAUCGAGAACCCCAUCAGCUCCACCAGCCUUUACAACCAGUGCUCCACCCUCAACUACACACAGGCAGCCAUGAUGGGCCUCACCGGGAGCAGCCUACAGGACUCCCAGCAACUCGGCUACAGUAGCCACGGCAACAUCCCCAACAUCAUCCUAACAGUCACAGGGGAGUCUCCGCCGAGCCUCUCCAAAGAGCUGACCAACUCUCUGGCGGGUGUCGGUGACGUCAGCUUCGACGCAGACUCUCAGUUUCCUCUGGACGAGCUGAAGAUCGACCCACUCACCCUGGACGGACUGCACAUGCUCAACGACCCCGACAUGGUGCUUGCUGACCCCGCCACCGAGGACACGUUCAGGAUGGACAGGCUGUAGCCUAAGGAGCUGACUGUGGCCAAGAACAAGAAGAAAAAAAACACACUAACUUGUGAAUGGAGAGAAAUAAAGGGCAGGAUGCACCCUCUCCCUUGUUGCAUGGCUGUCUAGCUGUCCGACCUUCCCCUCGACUCCGUGAAGCCCUUUGAAACGAUGCGCCACCAAAAGACAACAGGGAAAAAGACAUCCAGUGGCUUGCCGGGGAAUGGCCUUGCUGUCGUUUUGAAUGAGAUCGAUCGCUCAGCGCUUUCGCUAGCCUGCUGUGUUUACAGUGUACCAUUACAUGCCACAUAUAUUCCUAAAACGCACAUUUGACUUUUUUUUUAUUAUUUUAAUAUCUACUUUAAUACUUGUUUUGUUGAUAUUUGCUCGUAGCAGGAAGCUGCUAGGACAUUGGGCUAAACCGUACCUGUUAAACCAGCUGUGUUAAGAAAAACAAAAGAAAAAUAUACCACAGCCGGUUUGCUUGUACCCUGCAAUCAAAUGAAUCGGUUUUCCCAUCAUGCCGUAACGGCUUUCUAUUUCACACUCGAAGCUUUAUUUUUGACAACCAAAUGUUAUUUUCAUCAUGUACUGUAUGUUUUGAUUUUUUUUAUGUAUUUAUAUGUUCUAUUUAUUUAUUUGGUUAAAGAUUUUAUAUUCCAUUUCAUAAUUUAAAUUUGAUGCCAAAAUGCUCUCUGUCGGCAUAGUGUAAUAUUGCACUGAUGUAAUUUGUGUCUAUUUAUUAAUUACUAACAUAUUUAUAUAUGUGUUUGUUAAGCUACUUGGUUAAUGAAGGAGUGCAAAACCUCCCCAUAGUUGCUCUUUGGUGUUCGAUGUGCCAUUCUCUGACGUAGGACGUGGUAGACGUUGCCAUGCUGCAGCCCAACGGUCAAAUCAAAAUAUAGUUUUUAGCACAGCUCCAGAAAAUGCUGCGUGCUCCAGAAAUGGGUUGGUUUUACGCCACUUGAAUUACCUUUUUCUGAGAAAAUCAUCAGGUAUUUCUAUUAAACUAGAAAGCAAGAAAAACAUGUCCAAAUUAAUUUUCUGCCAGUGAAAAGCCAAUAAUAUAUCCAGACUGAACUUCUUUUCAGUGACGGAAGCUGUCUGUUUUUAAACGCUAAAAUCUUAAAUCUUUUUAAGUCGUCACUGUGAAAUCACCUGAUUUUGCCUUACAUGAGUAUUCUACUGUUAUACUUAAGUGUCUAAUGUGACAACGUAUUUUCGUAACUUAUUGUAACAUUUUCUUGUAUUUGAGAGGAACUCAACUUUUGGUCAGUGAUAUUUGUGGUUAUGUUGUGUAAGGUUUGACAAAUCAAUGUACUGUAUUUUGUAUCGGUACAGUUUAUAGCCAACUGUUUUUUUAAAGUGGGGCUAAAAACGAAACAAAACAAAAAAAUCAAAUGAUGGGUUUGAAGUAUUUUAGGAGUGCAAUUAUGGGGAGGCUUUUUGCUCCUUGACAGGGAAGCUCUAACAAAAACGUUAAUGACUUUUGCUGCAGAGGUCAUCAAUAGCAAAAGUAUCUUACAAAGUAAAGGGAAUUUAAUGGGCAAUUGUAGGAUAUUUUAACAAGCCACCAAAUGGUUGUUUUCAUAAUACUUGAGAUUUCAGAGUUUAUGACUAUGAGGAGUAAAUGUCUGUUUUACUCCAUUUAGUAAACUGGAUGAAGUACAUAAAGGUUCUGUUUAAGAAAGAAUAUGAGUGUAUAUAUUUAGUAUUAUGUGUAUGCAAUUGUUUGACAAGAUCGGCCCCGUUCCAUUCAGUAUUACAACAAAAAUUGUGGGAAAAAAAAUCAGGGAUGUAGUAAAGUUUAAAAUCGUUUACGAUGUCUUUUUCAUCCGAAAAAUGUUUACACAAGUUUCAUCUGAAAAUGUACAUUUUGAUAUCAUCUCUGACUACAUCCAUGACGCGAUCUCUUUUGCCAAAAUGUGUAGAACAAAUUGUCAUCAAAUUGCGUUGGCUUUUUGUCAGAGUUUCCCUGAGAGGUGUGUGUACGGCUGUGGGGAUCAUGUUUGGUAUAUUGUAAUGUUCACGUACAGACGUGCUAAUCAUUUACUCACCUAAAGCGCUGUUGGGAAGGUUUUCUAACACACCCCACCCCCCACCCCCCAAAAAAAGGAAUCACGUUUGGUUUACUGCACACCUCUAAAGUUGUACAAUUUGUUUCAGUUCAGUGUUUGUCUGCUGUAAUCCUCCAUCAAAGGUUUUGUUUUGCCUUCAACAGGUCUGUGAUUCCUAUGCAAAUGAGACAAAAAAUGUCCCUUAAAGGAAAAAUCCACCUCUGAUGUUUUAUUGUUUAACACAUUUAUAGAAGUUAAGCUGGAUUUAUUCUCCCGAAAUGGUGUUGUAAUGGAGGCUGAGGCUUGUAAGAACUGUUAGUGGUCAGCUUAGGUUGUUUUCUCCUACAUGUUACUGAUGCUGGUAGAGAUCAGUAAUAGUGAAAACAGCAUUGAUUAAUUUGAAUAAAAGGCUCUAAUAUUCUCCUUUUCAAUAACACUAGACAAAUAUAUAUUGUGAUCGAGCAAGGCCAUUUACAGUACACAUCACAGUCCUCACAGCCAUUAUUAUUCUUUUUUAUUUUAUCUAAAUUAUUAUCUUUCUUUCAGGAAUUCGUGGGCUCCUUAUUCUUGUACAAAAUGAAUGGGGGAAAAAAUGUCGAUUUAUUUAUUUUUUUGACUAAACAAUGAAUGCCCAGAUCAGUUACUGCCUCCUUUUCAGUCGAUGGACAAAUUUGUAAUUUAAUAUUAAGUUUAAAAUGAAGGAAAAAUGUGAACUCAGCUAGUUUGAGUAUAUAAUGAGUGCAGGACGUCCAUCCAGUGUUGAAGUGGUGCUAUGACAAUCAAUGAGUGAAAUCAUAAGCUGAGCUAUAAAUUUAUUUCAUGUCAACGGAAAAGCAUAAAUUCAGCUUUACUUUAAUAUUAAGUAACAUUUGUUUGUUUCUUCCUUUUUUUUGGUGAACCUCUCACCUUGCCAUGUCUACUACUACUUCUGUUGGUAAUUUAUUAAAUUUUUCUAGAAUUCCUCUCCACCUUAACACAUCUCUUCCUGUGUGACUGUUGUCUAGAAAGAAACCCUUUUUCUCUAAUCCUGAAGGAAUGACUCCAAACCUGACUUACUGUUGAUGUUUUAGAUCAGUGAAACAUUUUACUGUAGUUGCUUGAUACGUCCGGACGAUGUUCAGUGUCCAGUUACACGUAGGAGGAAGAAAAAUAAACUACUGAAAAAGGUCCAGAAAUGCACGACACUUUACCAAUUUUUAUUUAUCUUAAGUUGGAUUUUUCCUUUAAGUCACUGAAACAAAUGUAUUUUUAUUCCUUAAAGAAAUAAGCGUUGUUUGAGCCAAACUUCACUGCUGCAUUACUAAUAAUGCCAGUGAUUUUGAGCUUUCCUGUCACUUCCUUCCUGUCAUCCUGCUGAAUACUAGUCCUUCACACUGACCUUGUACAUAUACAAUAUAGCUGAAACAAAAUGCAUGACUAAACUGACAGUCAAAACCUCUAAAUGAAGGCCUUCUAUAUCUCCGCAGGUUUGAUUUGUGUAACAUAAAGCUAUCACAAAGUCUAAAGGGAUGCAUGUAUUGGUUUCUCCUGUGCAACAGUUAACUCAGUUUCCUGUUAAGAGACUAUGUUACCUCCAUCUCUGUAUAAUGCUACUUCACGAAUGAUAAGAGAAUGUAUUUUCUGUGGCAGCGUCCCAGUUUUAGCCAAAUGACCUGAUGUUUUGGAGGUUUUGGUCCCGUCACAGUCGGACCAGACUCUUCUCUCUCUGCUCUUCAGUCGUCCACUUUUUCUUCUCUGAGGAAUCAGACUGUUGCUUGUUCCGCUCUCUCUUUCUCUUCCUACUGUAGCAUCUCACCGCGCACAAGUGUAAACAGUCGAUUCUCGUACAUAAAGACCCGGCCCCUCCUCUCCUUCAGCACAGCCUUUUGGCUUUUCUUGAGAAAUGGAAGCAGGUUCUGUCUUGCAAAGAUUGCAGAUUGGCACGUGCAUUGAUCGUUUGCAUAUGUGGACUUGAAUCUUCUGAAGCUUCUGCAUUACGCAGUCAACUGCAUGACGUGAUAGACACAUUGAGCUGAUUCUUAUCCCAUGUUAUGUACAGGAGUUUGAUCUAGCUAUGCUCAAGUGUGCUUUAAGGCAUCAGAUGUGAUUAUUUUAUGCUGUUGCUGCCUAUCAUGUCAGGUUUUGGACUGGUGUAAUUCUGUUUGGGUUUUUUUUGUUGGUGUUGUUUUUCUGUUUUUGUGCAAUGUUUAGUCCACUAGUUUCUUUGCACUUUAUUUGUGACUUCCUGGCUUUUGAGCAGGGACUGUUCUGCCCAAUGUGAAUGCUGACUGUUUCACUCCAGAUGUAUACUUUGGAGAUAUUUUCAUGUCAAAGAAAAGAUGAAUUCUCUAUUUUCCUUUGUAAACUAUAUUUUGGCUUGUCUUGUUUUUUAUCAGUGAAGAUUUUAGGGGAUGCAAAACAAUACAGGGCUUACUCCAGUGCAGCUUGUGCUCUCGUGUUGGAAAGGAACGGCACUCCGAAUGUAUUUCUUAGGUGGUCAUUUUCCCCCCACAUGAAUCCAGCUUGAGCGAGUCACGAUUCUUGCAGUGACACUAGUUUGGCUUUAGUAGUUAGUUGCAACCUCAAUAAUACAGAGUACUGUACGGUGCUGCAACACAGUCUCAUGAAAUUGGCUGGAACUCUAAAAUGCAGGUUACAUGUUUUGGACAUGAAGAAUGUGAUUCCAUCCAAAUUAAAACGUGUCAAACAACUCUUCUCCAGUACUGCAUGUUUUAUCUACCAAAUGUUUGCGGCUGCUGAAAACAUCUACCUGCAGGCAAAAUAGUAAAAAACAUUUGUUAGAUGUUGCAUGUUGUACUGGAGAAGAGUUAUUAGACAUGUAGAAGCUCACACUGGUCUGCACCUGCACCAUAUGACAACAUAUGUGACAAAGGUAUUAGAUGCUUUCAACUGUCACAGGUUUGCUAACAAAGUUAGCUAACAGCAACACUUAGACUGGUAAAGAUUUGAGUUCAAGUUAGGCAGCUAAUACACCUUUGAUUAAAAUGUAGAAAUAAAAAAAGGCAGUUAUUAGGGUAAAAAAGUCAACUUUGUUCUGCAGAGUUGAGGUUAUAUGUCUUUUCCUGAUCCUGUCUUGGUGGGGAAACAUUUACUUCUCACGUGUAGAACAUGAAUUUGCAUUUUGAGACAUUUGCUGAGUCUGAGGCUAAACACUGAAAUAUGGAAAGCAAACCUGUCAGGCUAAGGAACGGAAGCUAGAAGUCAAUUUUCCAAACAGAUACGAUGAAAAAAAAUCACCUCAAAGUACAUUUUCUACGUGUUGUAAACUAUUUUGUUUUGACUCAUCUGCUUGUUUUAGUCUGAGACACCACUUAUGUGCAGUACUUGUUAGCACAGCCUGUGUUUAUGUUGUGUCAAAAAGCAGUGAAGCUAAAUCUUGUCCCAAACUGAAUAAGCAGACGAGUGAAGCUGAAACAGGACUCCUGUGUUUAAGCCGUUUCUUAAGGCCCAGGAUGAAAGGAAAGAGUUGCUGUUCAGUCUUUACUACUUGUUCCCAGAGUGUUUUAGGUCUGAAUAAAAUCUCCCUUUAAUAACCCUGGGCUUUCUAAAUGACUCUACAGCUCUCUCUGGAAAAACAGUUUAAGUUCCACGUAAAGCUUAUAGUGAGAAUAGCAUUAUAUCACUGUUGUCCUGUAAGUCGUAGUAAAAGAUCUGUAGCUAUUUAUUUGUUGCCAUGUGAUUCUCCUUAUGUGACCAUUUGUUUAUAAGAUGAAAGAAAAAUGUCAAUUAAAUUGAAUGUGGAAGACAGA